CUGGCAGCCGAAGCCCUCCUCGGCACCAUUGAGUCUUACGACCCAAAAGUACACGCCCUACGUCCUCAUCCAGGCCAAAUCCGCGUCGGCGCCAAUCUCACCCGUUUGUUGAAAAGUUCUCGCCUCAUCCACCAGCACACGCCGGACGCGGACUUGAGCUUGGGUGAUCGCGGCCUAAGUGGACCGAGGGAACUCAAGCAAGACCGCUACGCACUCCGUACAGCACCACAAUGGAUCGGACCGCAGAUGGAGGCAUUA